UGAUUCACCACUUUCUCAAAAACACUUUGUUUGUUCUCUUUGUUCACUCUAUUUUACAGGUUCGAAGCCUUACUGACUUUUUCAAUCUCCCAAGGUCAAUCCAAAGUAGCGAGUGGUGACAGUUAUUGGUUUGAUAUGGUUGAGUGUGCCGUGGCCACAGCAAAAGCGAAUGUUAUGUUAUAUGAUUCGAAAGCUAGUACUUGGAUUCCUAGUGGUCCAGGUCAUGGCAUUUCCAAAGUUCAACUGUAUCACAAUACGUUGACUAAUGCCUACCGAGUUGUUGGAUGGAGGUUGCCAGAUCGUGAGGUUGUUAUUAAUUGUGCAAUUGCACGUGGGUUAAAAUAUCAUCAAGCUCGUCCAACAUUUCAUCAAUGGCGCGAUAGUAGACAACAAGUUUAUGGUUUAAAUUUCACAUCAGUUGAAGAAGCGGAUGCAUUUGCUGCUGCUGUAAAAUCGGCUUUAGAAAGUUUAGCUGCAUUACAUCGUCAACAGGCUUUACAAUCUCAACAACAACAACAGUGUAGGCCUCCUGUUACUUGUGAUCAGUUGCCUUCUAAUGUAACAACGACAGCUAAUAUUAGUUAUCAGCAAGAUAUGCAACAAAACCAAUAUCAACAACCCAAUCACCAAAUACCGAGUCAGCAGUUAUUACCUAACCAGCAAGUAACUAACCAAGCAUAUCCUGUACAACCUACAGGAAUAUCGCUACAAAAACGUCCGACUUUGUCCUCUGAUUUAGCUGAAUCAACUGAAAGUUACGGCGGACCGAAUAAUAAACAUUUGCCAUCAGCAUCAUUGAAUCAGCAAUCUGAACGAGACACUUCAUGUAAUGAUUACGAGAAAAUGGUGAAUGGUGUAAAUGAUAUUAUUUUAAAUGAUAAUCAGAAUGUCUACCCGGGUGUUACAACAAGUAAAACUAAUGCUUCUAGUCAACAAAACACUGAAAUUUCACGUGUUAAAUCAUCAGUGGAACAAAAUACCUAUCCAACAAAUGGUUACUUGAUGAAUGAUACUGUAGAGCAUGGUGUAAAUUGUGAUUCACCAUAUUAUUCAUCGUCUGAUGAUAGUGUUCGUAAUCUUCAUGGUCUACCUAACGGAUUCAAUGGACCACAUGUGAAUUCAACUACAUCUAUGAUAUUGAAUACUACAGAUUUCCAAAAUAAAGACUCAAAUGAAUCUUCUCUUAAUACUAGAUCUCUUUCACCAAAUCCCUGUACUUCAACUAAUAGUAAUAAAUCUCAACAAUCAAUUCCUGCUCCUCCACCACUGCCGCCCCAAACUCCUAUACCCCCACCUCCACCCCCACCAAUUGCCAAUGUACUUGGAUCAAAAACUUGGCGUCAGAACUCCACAUCAAUAACAACAACAACAGCAACUAAUAAACCGUCCGGUUCACAGUCCGCUGCUGAUAAUUCUGAUACUAGCGACUAUGAUGGUGUCAAUGAAUCUAGUAGUUUCGACACUCAGCUACGUAUGGCCAGACAACAACGUAUUCGUGCUGCUUCUGUGGCUGGUUUAGGUUCUUCUGAUUCUUCAUCAACUAUCCCACGUACUCAUGGUGUAGAUAUGAUGACUGAUCUUCAACGUGUUUUAGCAGCACGUCGACGUGCUAAAGAAGCUGAAGAGGAUUCGAAUGCUACAACUGGUGUUUUAUCUACAUCGAAUAAUACAACUUCAACAUCGACAACAAUUACUAAUUCAAAUAACGAUAUACCAAUUGCUACUUCUCCAAUUCGUUCACAUUCUGUUACAGCAAAUGUAUCCACAAGUGUUAAUAGUAGUUCAUCAUCUAUUGUGCCUGGUUAUGCUACAUUAAGAAAAGCUUCUACUCCAGCUUUGGAUUCAACAACAUUGAAUAAUUUAGCCAAUACUUGUUCCAAUAGUAUCAGUACAGCGGUAAAUCGAGCUGAUUUAGAAAUAUUUAAACGUGAAUUAAUAUCGGAAUUUCGUCGAGAAGUUCAACAGUUAAAAAACGAUGUCAUUGAAGCUCUUCGUGCAUCUUCCAUAAGAAAUUGUUAAAUAAAUAAUGCGACCACUGUGGUGAUCUUCUGUUUUCAACAUCUUUUAUUUUUAUUAUUGAUAGAAUAUAAUUUUUAUUUUUACUCACACUGAGAGAUCUUCUUCCUCCCAGUUUUUUUUAUUCUGUCUUUUUUUUCUAAAAAAAAAUCAAUAUCCAUCAUCAUAAUACAAUCAUGUUUCGUUGGCAUUGUUUAACUCUGCUCUCUCUCUUUCUCUCUCUCUCUCUCUGUAUAAUUUUUUUCUGAACAAUCGUCAUUUUAUAAAAAAAAUUGG